GUUCAAGGAUGAAAAACAGAAGACAGUAAUGGUACAUUCAGCACAAAUGGCACUGGAUGACUCGAAUGAAGUGUCAAAGGUCGAUUAUAUUCUUUGAAUUUUUAUUUUAUUUUAUCCAUGACAUUUACUAAGUGUCAGUACACUCAAAACUUCAAUAAUAUUCUGACAAGAACGUGAUCUGUUACAUUAGAGACAAAACGAUUUGUAUACGAUUUUACAUGGAACGAUAAUGAUCACCGAUGGUAGCAGCUAUGGAAGUUAUAGAGCUCUUUAGUCGAUUAAAUGAGAGUUUGGAUUCCUACAGCCUAUCAACAUGGAUUGGUCCUUUGUUAGAUGAAUACCAAAUAUCCUUGAGAACUGUUAUUUUUAUCUGUCUCGUAGCUUUAACACUUUUAUGUACAAUUUUAUUACUUUUUUUACGAAAAUGGAAAAACAAAGAGUUUCUUCCGGAAAUGAAAGAACUCGUAGGAGUAGGAAAACCACGAUUCCGCAAACGCGACAAAGUGUUAUUUUACGGGCGGAAAAUGCUGAGGAAAGUCAAAUCGAUCAGUGGACAAGUCCAUGGCACUGGACAAGGAAAAAAACGUAGAGCAGUUAUGAGGUUCGCCAAAAGGCUUUUACAAUUAAAAAAAGAGACUGCUCCUCAACAACUAAAGGUGCUAGAGCCUCCUGCAGAGUACUUGGAAGAAGAUUUUGGUCCUGGUGAUCGUGUACCACCCGAUGCUUUAUAUAUUCUUCAAAGCAUUAGGGUAUUUGGACACUUUGAAAAGCCGGUAUUCCUGAAAUUAUGUAAACAUACAGAAAUAAUAAAUUUACCUGCUGGAACAUUACUAUUUAGAAUCGGGGAUCCCGACGAAAAUGUAUUUAUAGUUCAGCAGGGAUUAGUUAACGUUUAUAUCACUGGACCAGAUGGUAGUCAAGUCCCACUAAAAUUAGUGAAAACAGGAGAAUCUGUAACAAGUCUACUCAGUUUUACUGACGUACUCACAGGUCAUACUAGCACUUAUAAAACUGUCUCAGCUAGAACUGUAGAAGAUUCUGUGGUUGUAAAGUUACCUAUGAAUGCUUUCCAAGAAGUUUUUCAAGACCAUCCAGAUGCAUUUAUUCGAGUUAUCCAGGUCAUUAUGGUACGGCUUCAACGAGUCACAUUUACAGCUUUGCAUCAAUACCUUGGAUUAUCAGCAGAAUUAGUUAACCAAGGAUCACACAAAAAAAAACACAGCCCUUUUUCUGGAUCACCUGUACGAUCGAGAACUCGUGAAAAUUUUCCACAAAUUCCAGAUAAUGCACCUGUGUCGGCAGGAGAAAUUUCAGAUCCUUCUGAUACUCCUCAAGAUUUACUUAGUUCUCAACCUGUAACAAUAAAUAGACAAAGAAAGCAUCCUGAUUGGAAGCAGCCUAAUCAAACAACACCAGACAUGGUUCCAGAAUGUGAUGCACAUUGGUCUAGCUCACCUUUAACAGGCAUUAAUCAACUUCACAGUGGUAUAGCUGAUAUCGUACACUCAAGUGGAGGUAGUUCUUCAUUCAGAAAACGAUCUGUGAUUGAACCUCCUCCUCAACAUGAUGAAGCUUACCUUGUUCAAUUAGCAACUGAAGCGUUUGUUAAAGAACUUGGAUUAGAGGAUGAUACAAUUUUAAAAGACGGUAAAGUUCAGAUACGUGAAGUACCAGCAGGAACUUAUCUCAUGAAAGAAGAGUCUCACAAAGACGUCGCUUUAGUCUACGUUAUCUCAGGAUCAUUAAUAGUAAGCCAGAAAGUAACAGAAGGUCGAGAUUCUAAUGAGGAAGUUCACAUGUUUAGUGCUCAUCAAGGAGAAAUUGUUGGAGGAUUAGCAGUCCUCACUGGAGAGCCAUCAUUUUAUACAAUUCGUGCUAAACAUCCAAGUCGAAUUGCUCUUUUAUCGAAACAAACAUUCUUUGCUAUUAUGCGAGAACAACCAACUGUUGUUUUGCACGUAGCUCAUACAGUUGUACGAAGAUUAAGUCCAUUUGUUAGACAAGUUGACUUUGCUCUGGAUUGGCUAUUUCUGGAAAGUGGACGAGCAGUUUAUCGUCAAGGAGAUGAGUCUGACUCCACAUUUAUUGUACUAAGUGGUCGAUUGAGAUCAGUUAUUACACAUAAAAAUGGAAAGAAAGAAUUAGUUGCAGAAUAUGGUAAAGGAGAUCUAGUUGGCAUUGUAGAAAUGGUUACCCAGACACAAAGAUCAACUACAGUGAUGGCUGUGAGAGACUCGGAGCUUGCAAAGUUACCAGAAGGAUUAUUCAAUGUUAUCAAGCUUAGAUAUCCUAUUGUAGUGACUAGAUUAAUUAAUCUUCUAGGUCAUCGAAUUUUAGGGACAUGGCAACAAGCUAGCAGUAGACCAACGACAAAAGGUCAACAUCGAACUACUGCUGCUACAUUUGAUGCACGACCAGCCCAAGUAAAUUUCUCUACAGUUGCUAUUGUUCCUGUAUCUGAUGAUGUGCCACUCACUGCAUUUACCUACGAACUUUAUCAUUCUCUUUGUGCCAUUGGUCCUUGUUUAAGGCUUACUUCUGACGUAGUGAAGAAAACUUUAGGUACCAGUAUUAUGGAAGCACCCAAUGAAUAUCGAUUAACUUCAUGGCUUGCUCAACAAGAAGAUCAACAUAGGAUUUCUUUGUACCAAUGUGAUUCAGCAUAUACUGCUUGGACACAACGAUGUGUUAGGCAAGCUGAUUGUAUUCUAAUCGUUGGUCUUGGAGAUAAACCACCUUCUUUGGGACGUACAGAAAGAGAAGUGGAACGGUUAGCAAUGAGAACACAAAAAGAAUUGGUAUUAUUACAUAAAGAGCAGAGUGGUCAACGUCCUUCUAAUACUGUCGAAUGGCUAAAUAUGCGAAGUUGGGUUUCUAGCCAUCAUCAUAUACAAUGUCCUAAGAGAAUGUUCACUCGAAGAUCACAGUAUCGAAUUAAUGAGCUUUACUCCAAAGUCCUCAUGUCAGAGCCAAAUGUACAUAGUGAUUUCAGCAGAUUAGCCAGGUGGUUAACUGGAACUUCAGUGGGACUUGUACUAGGAGGUGGUGGAGCUAGAGGAGCAGCACAUAUAGGGAUGUUGAAAGCAAUUCUUGAAGCAGGAAUUCCUAUUGACAUGGUUGGAGGUGUAAGCAUUGGAUCCUUCAUGGGAGCUUUAUGGUGCAUGGAAAAGAAUAUUACAACAACUACGCAGAAAGCUCGAGAAUGGUCUAAAAAAAUGACACAGUGGUGGCGUCAAAUUUUAGACUUGACAUACCCUAUGACAUCAAUGUUCUCAGGAAAAGAUUUCAAUAAAACCAUCCAAGCUACGUUUGGAGAUACUUACAUUGAAGAUUUAUGGCUACCUUUUUUCAUAAUAACCACUGACAUCACAGCUUCUUGUAUGCGCACGCACACACAUGGCCCGCUAUGGACGUAUGUUCGAGCUAGUAUGACUGUUGCUGGUGUUUUCCCACCAAUUUGUGAUCCACUCGAUGGGCAUCUUUUGGUCGACGGGUGUUAUGUUAACAAUGUCCCAGCUGACAUAAUGCUGAGGCAAGGAGCCCAUCAUAUUUUAGCCAUCGAUGUAGGUUCUCAAGAUGACACGGAUUUAACAAAUUAUGGAGAUUCAUUAUCAGGAUGGUGGUUGCUUUGGAAACGAUGGAAUCCUUUUGCUACACCUGUUAAAGUCCCUAAUUUGCCUGACAUUCAAUCGAGACUGGCAUAUGUAAGCUGUGUACGACAAUUAGAAGAAGUGAAGUCUUCAGAUUACUGUGAAUAUAUUAGACCGCCAAUCGAUAAAUAUAAAACCCUACAGUUUGCUAAUUUUGAUGAAAUUAAAGAUGUUGGUUAUCAUCAUGGUAAAACAUAUUUUGAAGGACAGCUUAAAGCAGGAGUAUUGCCUCGAUUUAAUGCAGAUCGAGAGCAUGCGAAAGCUUUAAGAACCAAAAAUCAAGCCUCACAACAAGAUUCUUUCCCUUCAUAUACAUUUACGGAUUUAGCGCAAAUGGUUUGUAAGGUUUCUCGUGGAAAUAAGUACGAUCUGGAUAUCGAUUCCGAGUCUGAAUUUGAAGAAUAUGAAGCAGAUUUGGAAGAAGAUGCGCAAGAAGUAGGCUAUGCAUCAGAACCCACUGCUGGAAUUUUAGACCAGAGCCCUGAUGACAACCGAUUAAGACGUCGACCCGGAGUCUCUUUGAGUUUAUCCGAUACUGAAGCUGAAUCAGAAUUAGAGUACCAUCCAAAGCUAUUUUAAGUUGUAAAAAUAUUUUUACUUAAUCACGUAAAGUACAGUAAGUCUCAAAAAAUUUUAUUAGUUGAUCGUACAAAGAGUAACCGCGUAAGAUGUAUAUAUGAUGUGAAAGUACAAAUUUGGUUAUUUUAGAAAUUUUGUUAAACGAGAUUAGAGCUUACGCCUCUUUAUUACAAUUUACAAUGCAAUGUAUCAUUUUGAUACUCGUACUGAAUUUAUAAUGCAGUGAUAGUUAUAACUAACGUUAUAUAAAAAAAA